UGCCCUCUGUCGAACCCGCCGUUAUACGGAUUCUCGUUUUCUACCGCAGCAGCUUUAACUACUUGGUCCAUAGGUAACCAUAAGAGUUAGCGUUCGUUACUACUAGAAGAAAAAAAGAGAUGUGCGAUUCCGCUGAAACCGUUCGCGCCACAGAGACCGCUAAAGGGGGUAUCAAGUACGAGCUGGUUCUGUCGGAGCCAUCUGUGAAUGAUCCCCCGAAGAAAGAUCAGAUCACCUCACCACCGAAAACCAUGUCUGUGGAAGAGAUCGAGCAGAAGCUCAAAGCCGCCGAGGAAAGAAGGCUUAUGUUGGAAGCUGAGAGACUGAACCAAAUAAACGAAAAGAAAAACAAACUUCAAGAAGCCAGCCAGAAGCGUCAAGAAUUCAACAACAAUUUUAUCCAAUCCACGAAGGAAUCUCUGGAGCAAAAGAUGGAGACUUUUGAAAAUAACAGGGAAGCCAAACUUAAGGCUUUGCAAGAAAAGCUUAAGGAACAUGUUUAA